AUGAAGCCGAUCUUGGCAUACUGGGAUAUUAGAGGACUUUGUGAGGCAUCCCGAAUGCUUAUGCACUAUGUUGGAGAGGAAUUUAAAGACAAACGAUACAAAGCCGGUCCUGGUGAGUUAUUCACAUUGACUGAUCGUUAUCUAGCUCCCACAUUUGACCUCAGUGACUGGUUGUCAGUCAAGUAUUCUCUAGGACUUGAUUUUCCUAAUCUUCCGUAUUUCAUUGACGGAGACGUUAAGCUGACCCAAUCUAGUGCUAUCCUGGAGUACAUUGCUGAUAAACACGGAAUGGUUUCAAGUUGCCCCAAGAGACGUGCGAUCUUGCAUAUGCUUCAAAGUGAGAUUAUGGAUUUGCGUUCCAGCUUUGUCGGAUUGUGUUACAACCCGGAUUUCGAGAACUUGAAACCUGGGUUCCUGGAGAAACUGCCUCAGAAACUAGAAGGCUUUGAGAAGUACUUAGGCGAGAAGCAUUGGCUGACUGGAGACAAGGUAACAGUCAUUGCACUAUCCUUUUAUGUUUUUAAGAACUGUCGAGUCGUUGUAACUUGA